GAUCCCUUCAGCGGAUGCAUCUGCCCGACCCGCUGCUCUUUUUGCAAAUUUGCAAACUGAAAGGUUGUUUUGUUUGGGGGGCUGGUUUGACAGCGAAAGUCUCCGCCCGCGCUUCCUCCGCCCAUUCAGAAAAAACGGGCUGACUCCAAACAAAGAAGGGUCUCUUGACAGUGAGGGAAGACGGUCAUCUUCUGAAUAACUAGUGGUCUCUGUGAUACGCUGUGCUUGGAAUCCCUUCUGUUCUUUGGAAUCUUCCUUUGGCAUCCUUGAUACCUGCAGCUUUAAGUUGCCUCUUUAGAUGAGAAGCAAGGCCUAAGCUGAGCUUAGACAGAGUCACACCUAUUGUGAGAGAAAAUGGCUGCUGAGAGGGCAAGAGGGCCCACAGUCCUGGGCUUCCAUCUCCGGGCUCUCCUACAGCAGGACACGACGGCAAACAUGAAAACAGAGAGGCUGGUGCCAGAGGCUCCAAAACCAGAGUUGGAAUUGGGGGGGACCAGAGAAGACACCGAAGACCAGCCAGAGACAAUUACUCAGAGUCUAACUAGAGCACCGCAGCGCACUAAGUGGGAAACUGAAGGGAGACCGGCAUCCCGGAGCUGGGAAUCACAAUGGAGAGAGUUCAUGUCCUAUCCAUUGGGAGAGCGAACCCCUCAGCAUCCAGAGAAGAUGGCCAUGGAGGUUAGACAGAAUUUCUUGGCCUCGUUGGAAGGAGCACCAGCCCCCAGCCCGUGGGCUAGCAAAGAGAAGGCGGACAGGCUUGUGCUGGGACUGAAUAGAACAACCCCCAAGGCCAACUGUGAGCCGGACUUUGCAGACCAAAGUGACCUUGAGGAAAUCAAAGUGAUCAAGGUUGAAGAACCUGGGGGCCCGGAGGUCCAGAGGCAGCGUUUCAGGCAGUUCCGGUACCAGGAAGCUGCCGGUCCGUGGGAGUCCUACUGCCGCCUCCGGGAGCUUUGCCACCAGUGGCUAAUGCCAGAGAGCCACAGCAAAGAGCAGAUCCUGGAACUGGUGAUCCUGGAGCAGUUCCUGAGCAUCUUGCCCCAAGAGAUGCUGAGCUGGGUCCGGGAACGCGGCUCGGAAAGCUGCAUUCAGGCAGUGGCCCUGGCGGAGAACUUUCUCCUGAGGCAGCAGGAGGCUGAGAGACAGGAUCAACAGGGCCCAGGGGUGAAACAGGACAUGGUUCCACGUUUCCCCGCGCAGGAAGUGGUUCCACGUUUCCCUGCAAGCGAUGGGACUUUGCUGCAAACAGCUCUUGGUCAUCUCUACAGAGAAGUCAAGCUGGAGCAGGAUGGAGAUGCUGCUGUACUUGGUGCUUGGAAGCCAGCUGAGAACAUCGGGAUGUCCUCAGAAAGACGAAGAAGUCAGGAUGUGGAAGACCUGUCCAAACAAGCUGAGCCAAAGAGAUUUCAGGGAAACGAAAUGGAGGAGCAGAGAAGCAACUCCUUCAUCUCCCAGGCUGGAGACCUUUACGAAAUGGCCAUCCAGCAAGCCAUGCACAGAGAGAAGAAAAAGGCUAAGAAGUUAGGGGAGAAUUUGUUCCGAGACAAACCACUUAUGAAUCGGCAUCCGCGAACCCAGCCAGGAGAGAGACUGUAUCAAUGCUCAGACUGCGGCAAAGCGUUCGUUUCCAAGUCCGGCUAUGUUGUGCAUUCAAGGAUCCACAGUGGGGAGAAGCCCUACCAAUGCUCGCACUGCGGUAAGAGCUUCCGCCAGAGCUCACAGCUGAACAGCCACAGCAGGAUCCACACAGGAGAGAAACCAUUCAAGUGCUUGGACUGUGGGAAGGGCUUUGGCCGGAGCUCCAACCUCAUUUCACAUCAGAGAAUCCACACAGGGGAGAAACCGUACGCCUGCUCGGCCUGCAAUAAGCGUUUCUGCGACAAGUCCAGCCUGGUGAGGCAUGAGAGGCUGCACACAGGAGAUAACCCCUACAAAUGCACCAUGUGCGGGAAAAGCUUCAGCCAGAGCCACCACCUCAUUACCCACCAGAGAAGCCACACUGGCGAGAAACCAACUCAUACUGGAGAGAAACCAUAUGAAUGCUCUGAGUGCGGAAAGAGCUUCAACACAACCUCUUACCUCACAAAACAUAAAAGAAUACACACUGGAGAGAAGCCGUAUCAGUGCUUGGAAUGUGGGCAGAGCUUCUGCCAGAAAGGUAACCUGGUUUCUCAUGUGAGGAUCCACACAGGGGAAAAGCCAUACACCUGCACAGAGUGUGGACAAUGUUUCAGUCAAAGGAAAAUCCUUGAUAAACACCAGAGGAUUCAUACAGGGGAAAAGCCGUACAAGUGUUUAGACUGUGGUCAAAGCUUUAGUCAGACAUCUCAUCUCCUGACACACAGGAGGACCCAUACAGGGGAAAAGCCACACAAAUGCUCAGAGUGUGGGAAGAGCUUUACCCAGAAAGGAGAUCUUGUCAUACACAAGAGAAAGCACACAGGCCUGAAGCCAUAUCAAUGCUCUGAGUGCAGGAAAAGCUUCAGCACCAGCUAUCAGUUCAUCAACCACAAAAGGUUACACACAGGAGAGAAACCAUACACCUGCUCAGAUUGUGGGCAGAGUUUUAAUUGGAAAUCAAACCUCAUAACACACCGGAGAAUCCAUACUGGUGAGAAACCAUAUGAAUGUUCCAUUUGUCGAAAAAGUUUUAGUGACAAGUCCUCCCUUACGAAACAUGUGAGAACUCACACAGGGGAGAAACCAUAUAAGUGCUCCGACUGUGGGCAAAGCUUCAACCUGAAAUCCAACCUUAUUACACAUCAGAGAACUCAUACUGGAGAGAAGCCAUAUAGAUGCUCUGAGUGUGGCAAAAGCUUGAGUCACAGGUCUUCCGUUACUAAACACAUGAGAACCCACACAGGGGAGAAACCCUAUGAGUGUUUCCAGUGUGAGAAAACCUUCAUAUCUAGCUCGGACUGCAGAAAACAUGAAAGAGUGCACACACGAGAGAAGCCGUAUAAGCGUAUGAGGAAAAGCCCACUUAUCCCUCUGUUCUCAUGAAUAGAAAAUUCACGUGUGGACCCAGAAACUACAGGAUGAUCAUGUUGGAAACACCACAGCAUGAAAGCUUUGUAAACAUUUACACAGAAUGGAUUUAACACUUGAUUAAGCAAUUCUGGAUCUCUGAAUGGAACAUAAAAAAAACCAGGAAUGAGCUGGGCUGGUGCAUAAAAUAUUAAGAGUCUAUUUUUAACAAAAUGUGGUAUGAUUUGAAAUAUUUUCCCAAUUUUAUUGAUGAAUGUAUUGCUACUAAAAUUAAUUUGAGAAAUGUUGAAAA